AAGCCUGUCCAAUGAGUAACCAGCAGUCAGCUGACGCCUUUAGCAUCUAUUGUACACAAGACUCGAGCGGAGACAGACGCGAAUCACUGUGAAUCCAGAACUCAUGUGAAUUCAUCCCUCAUUUACUAACGGACCUCUUCAUAAAGAUGCAGUUCAUGCUGUUGUUCAGCAGACAGGGGAAGCUCCGUCUGCAGAAAUGGUACGUUCCUCUAUCCGACAAGGAGAAGAAGAAAAUCACGCGAGAGCUGGUGCAAACGGUUCUGGCCCGCAAGCCGAAGAUGUGCAGCUUCCUGGAGUGGAGGGACCUUAAAAUUGUGUAUAAAAGAUAUGCCAGUCUGUAUUUCUGCUGUGCCAUUGAGGACCAGGACAAUGAGCUAAUCACACUGGAGAUCAUCCACCGCUACGUCGAGCUGCUCGACAAAUACUUCGGCAGUGUCUGUGAGCUGGAUAUCAUCUUUAACUUCGAGAAGGCGUAUUUCAUCCUGGACGAGUUCCUGCUGGGAGGCGAGGCUCAGGAGACGUCGAAGAAGAACGUCCUGAAAGCCAUCGAGCAGGCGGAUCUCCUGCAGGAGAAUCUAGAUUUUCAGAUACGCCUGCUUCCAGGUGUUCUGAGUCCGAACAUGUCCUCCGAGUCCUCUGGGCUCUUCCAGAGUUAGACCGGCUCGAGUCGACGCUCUUCAGCCCCGACAUGAGUACUUUAACGUGCCCGUGUACUGAUUGGCUGCUGCAUGCUGAGCCACUCCCCCUGCACGCCUGACUCCGCCUCUGUCUCAGCGCCGUCCAAUCAGAGAGCUGCAUCUUGGACCCAGUGUCUCCUGCACACAGUCAGAUAGUGUUUCAUUGUGUUUAUCUGUGUGCUGGUCCUUCAUCUCAACUGACUUUAUUCCUGUAUCUCACUCGUUCAUGUAGCUUCAGGAAAUCAAAUCUUCGUCCAGCUUAAAUGCCUGAGAUGACUCUCAUUGGUGGACGUCACCGGUUCUUCACUCUUACGAAUGGACAUUAUUUAAAAUUCAGUGAAUUAAUCAUGAGAGGUCAUCUGUGUAAUCAUAAAGACUUGUUUCAGAGCAAAAAUCAUAUUCUUAAUCUUCAUCUUGUUUUCCAAUUAAAAACUUUGGAUGACGUUCACAUGAUUUGUAGAAAAUGAGUCGUAAUAUUUAAUGCCGUUUUGAUUCUCAAGUAAAUUAUUCUUGUUUUAAGGAUAUUUUAAGAUGUUUUAAGAAAAUUAUCUUUGCUCAAAUGGUUGCUACGCUGAAAAAAAAUAUAUACAUUAUAUAUUUUCUUCCUCAGUAUUUCUGUCUUGUUUUCUGGUAUAAACAUCUAAAGAUUCUUUAAAUCGGGAUACAUUUACUGGAUUUUUCUGUUUUCAGAAAAAUUGGUCAAAAUUAAGUGAGUUUAUGCUUAACAUAAGAAAAAUAUCUGCAGAUGGGGUCAGAAAAAAUAUAAUAUAAUAUAAAUAAAUAUAUAUAUAAUAUAAUAUAAUAUAAAUGAUAUUAUUUCCCUUUAAAUUCAGUUUCUUUUUUGACCCCACUGACAGGUAUUUUUCUUAUGUUAAGCAUUAAACUCACUUAAUUCUGAUGAUUUUUCUCAGCAAAAAAAGUAAUUUUGCUUCUCCAGUGAAUGUAUCCUGAUUUAAGAAUCUUUAUAUAUUUGUGCUGGAAAACAAGACAGAAACACUGAGGAGAACAUCAUUUUUACAGUGUAAAGUGUUCAGUUUGUUUUAGGCGAAGCAGCCGUCACAAUAACAGCUGUACAAGUUUACCCGCGGUUGGUAAAUGUAGUCAUUUAUAAAUUAUGAGUUUGUAUGCGCUGUAGCAACUUUAGUUUCUUUCUUGAUUUAUUUAGUAGAAAGUUUUAUUAAAUUAUCAAUUAGUUUGUAAUGUGUCUAUACACACACACACACACACACACACACACACACACACACACACACACACACACACAGAUCUACAGCGACCUCAAAAGUAUUUGGACACUUAUAUAACAUGUAGAAAUGUCUGCAUUAAAUAAUAAUAAAUAAGUCAUUUAUUAACCCUUGUAAAGCCUGACAUGAAAUAAUAAUCAGAAAAGUCUAAUAUUUUGAAAUGGAAGAGUUUAUUGAAGCUUUAAACAAAAUAUUUAAAAAAAAUCUAACAUCAGGCUUUUAUGGCUCAUAUAGUGAGAAAAACAGCUCAGUUUUAAUGAGCAAAAAUAUGCAAUUUGGUGCAGAUGCUGGACAAAAAGUAAUAUGGCUUCAAAAAUGAGCUGAACUGUUGCUUUGAGCCGCUGUAUUUCUGCCGUCACUAUAAACGAUUUACACCUAGACACACUUUUGCACUUCAGUGUUCGAUGAUGUCCUUUUGUUCAUUAUUUAUAGAGUUGAUUUGAAAACAGAUUCAUGUUUAGAGUGUUUUGAAUCAAUAAGAAUAUGAUUGAGUCGAUCUGUAGGCUGAAUGGAUGUAAAUUCAUGUGCGUUUUGUAACGCGGUAGAAAUAAACAAAUGAAAUGUGAGAAAUUUAAA